CCUUUGAAUGAUUUCAAUCUUCCAGGGCCCUCACUCAUCAGUCAGUCGAGAGGCGCGUCCGGCAGCAUCACCAGCAGCUCGGGCACAGCGCGUUGAACAAAAAAAGGAUACAAACCAAACAAUUUGCAGCAAAACUUAAAAAGGGUGGGCAUGCAUCCCAGUUCAACUCCAACCUCGACGCCCUUUUCGGUCAAGGAUAUUUUGAACCUGGAGCAACACAGGGACUUUGACAAUGGAUUUCUGGCGACGGACCAAGUUGUUCCGAUGCAUCACCAUCACCACCACCAACAUCAUCAACAUCAUCAUCAGCAGCAGCAGCAGCAGCAGCAGCAGCAGCAGGCUGUGUCCAGGAGCAGGGACUUCUACGUCUGCCGGCCAGAGCCGUGCGCCUCCGGGACGCAGGAGAAGCUCGACGCACACAACUCCGCAGCAGAGGAUGAGUUCAACGAUCGGGAGACGAGCGGUGCCGACAGUUCACCCGAGCGCGACGGGAGCGCGCAGCGCAGGCCCCGGCCGCGCAGGAAGCCCCGGGUCCUCUUCUCGCAGUCCCAGGUGUCCGAGCUGGAGACGCACUUCAGGCGGCAGCGCUACCUGUCUGCGCCGGAGCGAGAGCACCUGGCCCGCGUCCUGCAGCUCACCUCCACGCAGGUGAAGAUCUGGUUCCAGAACAGGAGGUACAAGUGCAAGCGCCAGACGCAGGACAAGUCCCUGGAGCUGGCCGGCUACGCGCCCGCGCCCGCGCCCCGGCGGGUCGCGGUGCCGGUGCUGGUGCGGGACGGGAAGCUGUGCGGCGCGGCCUCGCACCCGUCGCCUUACAGCGGGACUCUUGGACACUACGGCGCCGUGUUCGGGUGUGGAAGCGGCGGCGCGUACGGCUGCGGGUGUCACAUCAACCCGCUGGUCGGUGCGACGGGCUGCGGCGAGGGGCCCUUCGUCCCCGGACACUGCCAGGCUUCCCCGGGGGACGUGAGGGCCUGGUGAGCCGCAGGGCCAUCCGUGUUCUCUGUGGUACAAAAAAAAGCUAUUCAAUAUUCCAGUGUCGUUUCUUUUUUUUUUGGACUGUAUAUUUUGUGUGGAAUUGUGUCUGUUGCCUAUGUUUUUUUCUCGUUAGGAACAAGUCAGAGGAUAAACUUAAAAAUCAGCUGAUUGGUAAAAUACUGUAGUGAAGACUACAGAUUAUUUUAGGAUAUUUCUCUGCGAUAAGCCCUAACCCUAACCCUUCAUUAAGAUAUGAAAUUCCUUUUUGUUUUUUCAAAGGUUCGUUGUAUUUUAUAUGAAAUAAAUAUU